ACGCGGCUCUUAGAAAAUUGUGAAAAAUUAGCCCGAUUUUUAAAAUGUGAAUAUGAAUUACAUUUUCAUAUCACGGCUAAAGGAACAACAUCACACAAUAUCUGCAUUAAUCAUUGCUUAUUGUAUGCCUUCGGAGAAUGUUGUCAAUCUCAUUCUCGCAUCUGUGAUGAAUGUAAUACCAUAUUUGAAUUUUUUGCUAAAUUAAAAGAUAAUUCUGAAGAUGAUAUGCAUGAGAAAUUAGCCGAAUUGCAAGAUCAACUAU